UUAUUUUUUCAGUGAAAUGAAGCUGAAGGCAAUUGAUCGUACUGCCAUGCAGGCAUGGAGCCCUGCCCAGCAGCACCCCAUUUACCUGGCCACAGGUACAUCAGCUCAACAGCUGGAUGCAACCUUCAGUACAAGUGCUUCUCUAGAAAUAUUUGAGUUGGACUUAUCAGACCCUUCGUUGGAUAUGAAGUCCUGUGCCACCUUCUCCUCCUCUCACAGGUACCACAAGCUCAUCUGGGGGCCGCACAGCAUGACCUCGAGUGAGAGAGUGUCCGGAGUUCUGAUUGCUGGGGGUGAAAAUGGAAAUGUCAUUCUGUACGACCCAGCCAAAAUCGUAGCUGGAGAUGCUGAAGUAAUAAUUGCCCAGAAAGACAAGCACACGGGACCAGUAAGAGCACUUGAUGUCAACAUGUUCCAGACUAAUCUGGUGGCCUCUGGUGCUAAUGAAUCUGAAAUCUAUAUCUGGGACUUGAACAAUUUUGCCACGCCAAUGACACCAGGAGUAAAGACGCAGCCUCUGGAGGACAUCAGCUGCAUUGCGUGGAACAGGCAAGUCCAGCACAUCUUGGCAUCCGCCAGCCCUAGCGGCCGAGCUACCGUGUGGGAUCUCAGGAAGAACGAACCCAUCAUCAAAGUCAGCGACCACAAUAACCGGAUGCACUGCUCAGGCCUUGCAUGGCACCCUGAUGUUGCUACCCAGAUGGUUUUGGCCUCAGAAGAUGACAGGUUGCCCGUGAUUCAGAUGUGGGACCUAAGAUUUGCCUCCUCACCACUUCGUGUUCUAGAAAGCCACACAAGGGGUAUAUUGGCCAUUGCUUGGAGUAUGGCAGAUUCAGAGCUGCUACUUAGCUGUGGGAAGGAUGCUAAAAUUCUCUGCUCCAACCCUAACACAGGCGAGGUGCUGUAUGAGUUACCCACGAACACACAGUGGUGCUUUGAUAUCCAGUGGUGUCCCAGAAACCCUGCUAUCUUGUCAGCGGCUUCGUUCGACGGGCGGAUCAGCAUUUACUCCAUCAUGGGAGGCAGCACAGAUGGCUUGAGGCAGAAGCAAGUUGACCAGCUUUCAUCGUCUUUUGGGAACCUCGAUCCAUUUGGUACAGGACAGCCCCUCCCUCCCCUGCAGCUUCCCCAGCAGACCACCCCACAGAGUGUCAUUUUGCCCCUAAAGAAACCACCCAAAUGGAUCCGGCGACCUGUGGGAGCAUCAUUUUCGUUCGGAGGCAAGCUGGUUACAUUUGAGAAUGCCAAGUCUCAGCAGCAGCCAGGCAUCGAGCAGCAGCAGCAGCAUCACCACGUCUACGUGAGCCAGGUUGUUACAGAGAAGGAGUUCCUGACCCGCUCGAACCAGCUGCAGGAGGCUGUUCAGUCCGAAGGCUUUGUCAACUACUGCCAGAAGAAAAUCGACACGGCCCAGGCUGACUUUGACAAAAAUGUGUGGGCCUUCUUAAAGGUGAACUUUGAAGAAGAUUCACGUGUUAAAUACCUUGAGCUCUUGGGGUACAGGAAAGAUGAUCUGAAGAACAAGAUAACAUCUGCUCUGAAUAAAGAGAGUGUUGCAGAUGGUGACUUGGGAGAGGCUCCUGCCGAAUCUGAUGAAUCUGUGCCGAAGGAGGGGGACGAAGGCCAGGCUACAGAGGAGCAAUUUUUGGGACAG